AUGAAUGCCUGGGCCAAAAGUAUCAAGCGGCACACCAAUGAUAACGCCCCGAUUCAAGCUGCAUGGGCUGCUACCGUUUGGGCCCGCGCGGGCGAGAUUAUUCGACACACUGGCGCAGAAUGGCGCAGCGAGGAUAUCACUUCUUUCGAAGGCAUGCUUAGGAAAGUCUAUCUCCCUACCGUGAAAAAGGGAUCCGAAAACCCUAACAACUGGGAGCUAGCCCGCUUCAUCAACUCCACGAGCUACUACAUCUACCUGAAGAGCGACGGGACUGGACCACGUGGACCACCAAAGAUGCCUAGAAAGAAACUGCUGGAGCAUUGGUGGGGGGGCCAAAAGGAGUUUAAAGAAGACGGAAUGGCCAUGGAGAUUUGCCGAGAUCUCACCCAUACCGCCUACGGCCUUGCUUCCAUCAGUCAUGUUGCUGAAACUGCACGAAUCCAGGGAAGAGAUCUAUACUCUGAGGACACUGGCACCCGCUUGAGACACGGACUCGAAUUUCAGACGAAAUAUGACAGGAAAGGAGGUGCUGAAGCAGUGCCAUCCUGGCUUUGCAAGGGUAAACUCGAGUUGCACCUUGAAGAUGUCACUGAGCCAGGGUACAGCAUUUUGGGGCAGAAGUAUGACAUGCCAUAUACUAGAAAGUACACUGCAGCUGCGCGACCUGCAGGUGCAAAUACCUUGUUUGUAGGAUGGGAGACGUUGACACACGCUACUGGGGAAUUGUAA